GGGGAGAAUUUCUUUUUGAGACAAAACAAAUUUGUCAUGCCAAAAGAAAACGAAAAAAAGAAAAAGAAAAAGAAAAGGAUAAAGGAAAAGAUAAACAUAAACCCAUAUUUCUCACCAGAUAAACCCCUCCCGCCAAGUCUGCUCUCCUCCUGCGUUCUUCAAUCCGACCAUUAUAUUCGAUGUCGUUACUCGAGCUCUGGACUUCAUUUCCUCUCUCUAAAACCAACCAUUUCUCAUCAUUCCCACCAUUUCCGUUGAAGGUCUCCACACCCGGAGCCAAUCUCUCAUUCCACACUCCCUCAGCCAUCGCCGGCCGCGGUAUCACUGCCUGCCGUUGUCGCCGGAACCUUAUCUGCCGCAAUUCGCGCUUCUCUGACGGUGACAGUGAAGAAUUUCAAGAAGAGGAGGACUUGCUGGAAGCGGAGGUCUCGGACUCUGAAUUGGAAGGGGAGUUUGAUGAGUACGAGAGCGUUGAUGUUGAUUUUCUUGAGAAGGAAGCUAAACUCGCUGUUAAAGAACUGUCGGAUGCUUUAUCCAGAGAAUUGGCCAUUGAAUAUGAGACCGCUGGUGAGAAGGAUGCUCGUGUGAAACAGAAAAAGGGCAAAAGUACCUUGAAAAAUAUCCCUGAUCAUCUCCUUCCAAGGGUGGCAAUUGUUGGAAGGCCGAAUGUUGGUAAAUCAGCUCUGUUCAAUCGCCUUGUUGGGGGGAACAGGGCUAUCGUGGUUAAUGAACCCGGUGUUACUAGGGAUCGCUUGUAUGGAAGAUCAUUUUGGGGUGAUUAUGAGUUUCUGGUAGUAGAUACUGGGGGAGUUGUUACGAUUUCGAAGUCACAAGAUGAUGUUAUGGAAGAAUUGGCUAUCUCAACAACUAUUGGCAUGGAGGGGAUUCCACUUGCCUCCAGGGAGGCAGCUGUUGCAAAGAUGCCCUCAAUGAUUGAAAGACAGGCCUCUUUAGCUGUGGAAGAAUCAGCUGUCAUAAUUUUUCUUGUUGAUGGCCAGGCAGGCCUCACAGCUGCUGAUGUCGAAAUAGGGGAUUGGUUACGGAAGAAGUUCUCGCAUAAGAGUAUUAUUCUUGCCGUGAACAAGUGCGAAUCUCCACGCAAGGGUCUCAUGCAGGCAUCAGACUUUUGGUCUUUAGGGUUCUCACCAAUUCCAAUAUCUGCUAUAUCGGGGACUGGGACAGGAGAGCUCCUUGAUCUUGUUUGCUCAGGACUAAAGAAAGUUGAGGAUCCUGGCAAUAUCGAAGAGGAAGAAGAUUAUGUCCCUGCAAUUGCAAUAGUUGGUCGACCAAAUGUUGGUAAAAGUAGCAUCCUGAAUGCCUUAGUUGGAGAAGACAGAACCAUUGUUAGCCCAGUAAGCGGAACUACUCGCGAUGCUAUAGAUACAGAGUUUACAGGACCUGAUGGACAGAAAUUUCGCCUGAUUGAUACAGCUGGUAUCAGAAAGAGGGCGGCUGUGGCUUCAUCUAAGAGUAACACGGAGGCUUUAUCUGUAAAUCGUGCGUUCCGUGCUGUCCGCAGGUCUGAUGUAGUGGCUCUCGUAAUUGAAGCUCUGGCUUGUAUCACUGAACAGGAUUGCAAGAUUGCUGAAAGAAUAGAGAGUGAAGGAAAAGGUUGUGUUAUCGUCGUUAAUAAAUGGGACACUAUUCCAAACAAGAAUCAGCAAACAUCGACUUAUUAUGAGCAAGAUGUCAGAGAGAAGCUCCGUCUUCUUAGCUGGGCACCUGUUGUGUACUCUUCCGCAAUAGCUGGACAUAGUGUUGACAAGAUAAUUGAUGUUGCGGCAACAGUACAGAAAGAGAGAUCGAGAAGAUUAACUACUGCUAUAUUAAAUCAAUUAGUCCAGGAAGCAGUUGCUUUUAAACCACCUCCCAGGACUCGUGGUGGCAGAAGAGGACGUUUCUAUUAUUGCACACAGGCAGCGAUCAGACCACCUACAUUUGUCUUCUUUGUAAAUGAUGCAAAGCUAUUUCCUGAGACCUAUCGUCGUUACAUGGAAAAGCAACUAAGAGCAGGUGCAGGAUAUGCAGGCACUCCUAUUCGACUCUUAUGGAGAAGUAAAAGGAAAAUGGGGAAAGAUGAAAGAAAGUCUGCGACAACUAAGUCUGUUCGCGAAAAUUUUUCCAUGGUUGAUAGAAGCCUAGCUGCUGCUAGCUGACCUCACCUUUUCAGUAUAUGUUUGGUUGAGUGAACAAGCAAAGCCCUGAAGCUGUAAGAUCCCUGUGCUCUACCAUGGCGGUUGGAGGCUCGACUCGCACCCCAUGCAGUCAUGUGCAGAGAUAUCCGCUGCUUUAGUUGAAAGCUGAACGGAUAGACAUUUCACAUGUGACAUUCUGUGAGAAUGGUUUCCUUAUGUAAGGGUAAACAUUUGCAGUUUGAAUUUUGAGGAAGCAAGAGUUCUUAAUUUGAGAGGAAAAAGAAAAAAAAGAAAAAAAGGAAUUCCAGAGCUGUUGUUGUAUAGAUUGUUGUGACCAAAAACUCUACGGUUGUUUUGGAAUUGAAUUAUUUAGCUUUGUUGUUUUGACCAAACCACAGUUGCAUUUCCCACAAAAGAAAGACCAAACGACUGGUAAAGUAUCCAUC